UCGAUAACUUGGUCGAAGUCGGUCGUGGCCGUGGCCAAAUAUGGCUUCUGCAGGUGUGAUUCGGAGAGUAGGCGUUACCAACCGGGAAACUAUGUUCAAGAGAUAAAUCAUCUUAAAGUGUCAAAAGUUCGUGCCCUCUGAAGUGAAAAUGUUUUUUGUGACUGUGUAAUCGCCAUGAAUAUUACCUUUGAAGGUCAAAGGUUGAACACCAUGUUAGGUUAUGUGCCUGUGUUUAGCAAUGACAGUUGUCAUCUGAAACAAAAUAAAAUCACUUGCUUAUAAAUCUCUUCACACGGAGAACAUCACCUUUAGAACAAUGGAUGGUGAAGAAAUUGUUCAGCGUAUUUUUGGAAAAGAUACCAUUUCCUUAGAGCAAAGAAAUGCUCUAUGCAAUUCAAAUACUUCUAGUCCACCUGGCUCACGAAAGAGCAUGUGCUUGGAAGUGGCAAAAGAAUUGAUUGGAAGCCAACUGAAUGAAUUUGGGCCAUCAAUUGAUACUGUAGGUUUACCUCCAGACACAAGAGAAGGGCGCAUUGGACCACCAGUAGUACGUUUUGAUAUUGCAACACACAGUGGUCUGUUUGUAGUAGGAGCUGACCGGCUGAGUGUUAAUUCUCAAAGUAAUUUCAGCACAAUCAGAGCAAAUGCGUGUCUCUUCAAAGGCAAAUGGCAAUAUGAACUUCAGUUAGGUUCAAAAGGAGUAAUGCAAGUUGGUUGGGCUACCAAUUUCUGUAAAUUUUCCCAAGAAAUUGGAGUGGGUGAUACAGCAAAUUCAUAUGCUUAUGAUGGCAACCGCCAAAGAAAAUGGAAUGUAUCAACUCAUAAAUAUGGGGAGCCAUGGUUAAGUGGAGAUGUCAUUGGUUGCACUAUUGAUUUGAAUGAUGGCAUUUUGGUGUUUUACAGAAAUGGUAGAUCACUGGGCGAAGCUUUUUCUAAUAUUCAAUUAGGACCAGGUAUGGCUUACUUUCCAUCUGUAAGCCUGGCCUUCACAGAAAAUUUAGUUGCAAAUUUUGGUUCAACUCCAAUGAGAUACCCAGUUGAAGGUUUCCUUCCUAUACAAGAUGCUCCAUAUAAGGAUUUGGCUAAAGCAGAACUGCUGUCGAAGUGGUUGAACCAUUUGUUGGAACUUUUGUUAGAUACAAGAGAGGGUAAAAGUCAAAGCAUUGGCGUCACUAGUGAGCCUAUGACUGAUGAAGCUUUAUUACUGGCUCUGGCACACACCAUUAUUGGGCAUCUUGCUCCCCUUCUUCUUUCUCCUUACAUCACUGAAGCCUGUCUUAUGCCAUUUCUGGAGAGUUUAUGUUCUAAUUGCCAACCAAAGAAGGGCAAGGAUAAAAGCAACAGGAAGCUUCACCUUUUCCUUGACUUGCUCUGGGCUUUUUUGGAGGAUUUUGAAAUAAAGAAGUGUUUGGAACAUGUUGUCACGCAUAUGCUCUCUGAUUUUCGUCAUGUAUCGUUUGUUCUGGAGUACCCACAUCAGAAGAAAACAUUAUCAUUGUUGCUCUGCCUUGUAGAUCAUCCUCAAACCAGGCAUCACUUACUUGAACAUGUUCUGUUUGAUAAAGUUAGAUUUGCAAAUUUUGUCCAUGUGAAACCUCUUGAUGAGGGAGGCCUUGCAGAAGUUGUACAUACAUCAUGGUGGGACUCAGGAAAACCUGACCCAUCAAUUGACCAUAAGAAGUCAUCUUAUUUACGUGCAUGUAAAGAAAUUCAGAGAGCCAUUGCUGAGGUUGAGAACCUUCAAGUACAACUUCUAAAAGCACUUAUGAACAACACAGAUGGUACUGCUACACGACCAUCAUCCCGAAAAAUAUUUCUUCGUAAAUUUCGAACAUUUUUGCAUGAAAACUUGAUUUCAAGUCGAACAAUGCCAUUAUUGCAAACACCACUACCAAUCACACUGUGCUGUUUUCAUCGCCUGCUUGUGACAUUUAGAGAACUGUGGGCUGCUGAAGUGGAUGAGCAGCGCUUAUUUAUACCAACAAGGACAUUUUACGAUGGGAGCAUAAACUAUUACAGCAUUGACAGGUUGGGUGGUGUUGUUUCACAUUUGAAUAAGAGUUUACGUGAAGAUCUUGUACGUGAACUAGGCCCUGAACAUAAUGUUGUUGCUGGUACUGAAACCAAUUCUAAUCUUCAUUCAGUGGAUCCAGUUAGUCAGUUGGGAGCAACAUUUCUUGCUGGUCCAUCCAUGAACCUGAGUAGGUCAUUUGAAGGCCCUGCCAACUUGAUGAUUCCAGUUUUAGCAAGAUUGCUAACUCAACAACAGACUUCUUCAGGCCCUUUGUUGGUAGAACGAAUUACAGGGGUCCCGCCACGUCUAACGGAGAAGAAUACAGCUGGCCCUGCGGAUCCUUUUGCUUCACUCAUUGAAUUACUGGACGGACUGAUCCUUUUCUACCAUGUUGCUGCUCACAAGCAAAUAGCCAAGGUGAGUACACUGCGUGAAAGCAUGCAUGAAUAUACAACUGCACUAGAAAGCACCAGAAGUCGACAAGAUGCAGUCCAACAAGCUGCUUCAUCUAGUACUGCUGCUGAAGAAAGUAAUAUAGAUGAAAUUUUGAGAGAAUUGAACCAAACCUGUGAUGUAUUUACUACGAAGUUGAGUGAACAAGCUCGCCAUAUGGCUUGGGUUCGAGCUGCGGUGUAUUCCAGUGAAAAACAGUCACAAUUGGCUUGGCUGUUUCGUGUUGUGCUAACUACUAUGAUGGAAGCAUCAAAAACAGAUGGGCUAUUCAGUUUUGUCCCAGAGUUUUAUUUGGAAACUUUGGUUGAAUUAUGUACAGCUUUACGAACAUUUUUACAUCCUACUGCACCCAUAGAAGAUGUAAAGAAUGCAGAUCAAUUAUUGAUGGAGAUGGGAAAAUUUUUGGCCAAUCAUUUUGCUGACACACGUAUUGUACAUGCUAAUUCAAAAGAUACUUUAAUUCAGUCUUUGGCAACAUUUGUUUGCAGCCCUAAUACUUUGCAAGCUUUAGAACGUUGUCCUGUUGAUAGUCGUAUGGCAAUGGUUCGAUCUCUCUUGAGGCCUUAUGAAAAUCGUGCAUGGGCCCAGAGCAACUGGGUUUUGGUGCGAAUUUGGCAAGGAUGUGGUUUUGCCUUCCGAUAUCACAAGUCCCCACACUUGUUAAGAAAAAUGGGACCAAAACUUCUUCACUCUGAUUCUAAUCUCAUCAGUCAGAGUAUAAAACCUUGUCCAUCAAAAUUAUAUCAGAGUCAUGUGAAGGAAAUAAUGCUAGGUGAUGAACCCCUUGCAACGUCAUUUCUUAAUUCUCUGUUGAACCAGCUAAACUGGGCAUUUUCUGAAUUUAUUGGAAUGCUUCAAGAGAUUCAGAAUGUAUCAAGUCGACCAGAACGAGUAUUUAUUGAAUCCCGCCAACUCAAAAUAUGUGCAACAUGUUUUGAUUUAACUCUUGCUUUGUUGAGAGUUCUAGAAAUGGUUGCAAGUGUGGCAAGUCCAAUUUUUACUGACAGCAGUCGCGUUUCAGCUGACUCACUUCUAGCAAGACUUUGCCAGCUAUUGUGUCAGGUGUUAAACAGAGUCAGUUCUCAAGCUGGCUGUUUUCAACAUGUGGUCACUCUUGAGAUACCUGAUCUUGAAACAGUUGAUCACUUCCCUAUUCUUGCUGCAGUUGUGGGUAUUCUUCUGGCUUUGUUGAAUAAGGAGUUGAAAGAAACCAAUGUGAAAGAGGAUCCUAUUCCUAAAGUGUCUUUGGCACUCUUGUUGGAACCAAGCUUUCAACUUGAGUCCCUGAAUUUUGUCCUUGGAAAUUUCCAUAAAGAUUCAAAGCUUAGGAAUAAAAUUUUCUCUUUCCGUAAUUACACAGAUGAUGUUAAUGACAAGGAAAUUGAUUCUGUCCAACAAAUGAUUUCAUUUUUAACUGCAUUGAGCAGCAGAGUAACCCAUGCUGAAGUAUCGGAAGAACAGUUGUGUACAAUUUGUUAUGCUUAUCCUAUAUCUGCUACUUUUAAACCUUGCAACCAUCAGUCUUGCAGAUCAUGUAUAGCACACCAUCUGAUGAACUCCCGAGACUGCUUCUUCUGUAAAACUCCAAUUGAAAGAGUGCUGAGUAGUGAAGGAGAAGUACUUCAUGAACUUCUUCAGAAAGACAGGCUUCCUGUUAAAGCAAACUAGUGUGAGAAAUAUCUUGCUUUCACCUAAUUACUAUUUAUCACUGUUGCUUCCCACAUCAUUGGUUAAGCAACAAGAUUGUAAAUGGAGUUUGUAUGCACUACUCCGCUGUACAGGGUUAGUGAUAUUGAUUUAUUUGUAAACAGAUGAAGGGCACAUAAUUAAAAUAAUCUUUUGGUAACAUUCGCUUGGCAACUUUUUAUACAAUAAUAAAUAAAUUGAGACUUCUAUUGUGAUGCUUUCUUAUCUUACGUGAGAAGAUUGAACACUUGAAACUAGUUCUUCUACUGUAGGAAAUUACAACACAUUGUGUGCCUGAGCUUUGAUGCAUAGGUAUUAUUAUGAAGGAUUGUGGAUGUGUACUUAAUUAAUACUAGAUUUCCCAAUCUCAUGUGUAUUGUUGUUGACUGGCCUGCUAAAAGUAGGCAGUGUUUUAUUUGUAAAUAUUCUCUGCUGGCAGACCGAUGAGAUUCAUGUUUUCUUUUCCAUACACCAAAGCUUUUGGUGUCCGCAGUGAGCUGUUUUUAUAUGAAUUUAAAUGCUCUAUUUCUAUUGGUGUAUGUUGUAUUUUUGUAAAAGAAAAGGAAAGUAUUUUCUAUUCUUUCUGUGUGAUAUUUAUUUCAGGAGCAAAUUAAAGAAGAGAGGUUUUUUGUAAAUCUUUAUAUGCAUAUAUUUGUAUGUAUCCUUGUAAAUAGUGAAUUUCUGGCCCUUCAUUACCAAUUAUUACAACUUUGUGUUAGUAGAAUUUUCGAGUGAGAAUUUGUUGUGAAUUUUAUUGUGUUGUGAGUUAUUGCCUUGAUAUUUUAUUUAUGAAAAAUAUUUACAUUUAUAUAAUAAUAAUGUGAUCCAUAUUUAUGGUGAGUUUAAGUAGUAUUAUUAAAGUACUUAAUUUUGUCCAAUCUUAUUACAAUUGAAGUCCUUCCAAAGAACGUUUCAGUAAAUCUUGUCCUGCUAUUUCCUGUUCUUUCCAUGCUACCUUUUAUGAAAAUGGAAGAAAAAUUGAGUGUACAAGGACACUUAAAUCUGCUGUGCAUAAUUUGAACUGUUUAUUCAGUUUUAAGCAAUAAAAACUGAGACAGAUAAAUAGGUAAUUCCUAUGUUUUGUUUAUUUAGAUAAAUACUCCAAAAAGAAAAAACAAAAUGAGACCAAAGGAGACAAUGGAUGACUAUGGAUGACAAAUGUUAGAAUCUUCCAUGAAUAGUUGAGGAUUUGGGAAUGUCUAGCGUCUUCGUCCAAGACCAGUCCAUAACCAGUUGGGAUCAUAAUGAUUGCUGCCUCGCAGACUAGCUGGCUCAGGCUCAGCAACAAAGUUGCGGAUCUUAUGAGAUGGCCGAUGAUUGCGCAGUGCGUGGAGAUAAGCAGCAGUCGCUCUUGGCCGAAACGCACGUUCUUGUUCCGCAGACGCGGCUGCCGAUUGGCCCAGCAACACCUCGCGCUCUUCCUUGGGCAGAGACUCCAGGCUCUCCAGGUUGUUGCGCAGGUUGUCGAAGAACUGCUGCAUGUUGCUAAGGACACCCAGCCCCAUGAUCCAGUCCGGGCUGCCGCCGGCGUCGAUGGUCGUGGGUUCGUUCCCGCCGCCGCCGCCGCGUCGCUGCCGCGCGUAGGGGGGCGGCGCGUCGCCCGCGC